UUUGCAAUGUAAGUAGGUUAAAUAGCAGUAAAUAAAAUGAUAGUAUCAGAUCUACCAAUAAUAGUUGUUGGAAGUCUCUAAAAGCAACACGUAGAGAUGAAGGAAUCUCRACCAAAAAUUCCGAAAUAAACAGUUUUCGGUCUGUUUGUUUUGUUCUGUAUGAACGCGGGCUCAGGUCUAGUCCCAGGUUUUCUCGUCCUUUACAGACGUUGCCAAGUUUCCAUCAAACGCGACACUUUAAAUUUUGUGCGGAAAGUUUCUUGACCUAUCUCUGUAAUUUGUCGCUUGGUUUUUGCAGGUGAACCGAUGUUUGAGUGAUCGAUGUAUCAGGCAGGUUUUAAGGAAAUUGAGUCGUAUCUUCAAAGGGCAAUCGACCAAGGAAUGACAACCGUCAACUUGAGCCAUCGAGAUUUAACUGUUUUGCCUGAYUCYUUGAAAAAGUUGCUUAAAGUUCAAGUAUUGUUGUUGAACAAUAAUCGUAUUAUUAUGCCUCCCAUGGAGUUAGUUUCUUUGACUGGACUACAAGAGUUGCUCAUAGACCAUAACCAGCUUACACUGCUACCUAGUGGGUUUGGAAACCUUAGCAAUCUGAAAACACUUUGCUUAAGUCAUAAUAAUCUUGGAUUUUUACCCACAGAAAUCGGCGAUCUAGUACAUUUAAAAGAACUAUGGGUUAUCAACACACAAUUAAUGUCACUUCCAGCUGAAAUUGGGAAACUUAAAAACCUCARUAAAUUAGGCGCAGGAAAAAAUUGCAUUUCCUCAUUACCUGAUCAAAUUUGCAGUUUGGACUGUCUUUGYUGGCUUGGAUUAGCAUCCAAUCAGUUAUCAAGUUUGCCAAGAGGCUUCAAUAAUCUUAAGUCAUUGGUGCAUCUAAAUCUCAUGGAAAAUUGUUUUGAAACUUUUCCUGAGUCUCUGACAGGACUUCCUCUMCUUGAGAUACUGAUUCUCAACUCUAAUAAACUCAAAACCAUUCCUAAAGACUGUGCAGAGAGUUUACCAAGKUUAAACAAAGUGGACAUACGUGGGAAUGAUAUCUAUUUGUURCCCAGAGAAUUAGAGAAAUUGAAGAUAUUCAUUAUGGGAAAAAAUGGGAAUAAUAGAGUAUCAGAAUCUGAUCAAACUUUAUUUCAUAUGAACAGAAGRAAGAGACAAAAGCAAAAUGGGAAGUCAAAUUAAGAUGAGUGAUUGUGAGUYGUCAYUAAAUCUUUGAUAUCUAAUGUUAAAGAACCAUGUUGAAUWAUAUUUCCAAAAUAUUCAAUAAAUAACGUUUUUAUCAUGUCA